AUGACACUCUUUGCUAUUCAAACAACUGGUCGCGCUGUGCUGCGACGUCCAUAUUUUCCAAGUCAUCGGAAACAAAUAAACUUCACUUCGAAGAGACACAACUCCAACAACUCUACCCCUGUACCUCAUUCGAAUCCCUCCCCAGAGAGCUCUCCGAAUGGCACUGCGAUUCCUAUUCCUGCGACUAUCGCGAAUGUGCCAAUAUGGCAACGACUUGGUCCUUUGACUCGAUCAUUUCAGGCAUACGGUCGAUCGCAACGGAAGCGUCCUUAUACUACACAAUUCUGCAGUUCGUUGGUAAUAUAUUUCCUUGGGGACCUGUCGGCGCAAAGCAUCUGCGGAGAUGAUUAUGAUUGGAAGCGUACGUUGAGGGCAUUGUUUAUCAGCAUGGGAAGCAGUAUUCCGUCUUACAAAUGGUUUAUGUUUCUCUCCAACAACUUUAACUACUCCUCGAAAGCCAUUUCCCUCGCUACGAAAGUCGGUGUCAAUCAAAUGUUCUUUACUCCUAUAUUUAAUACGUAUUUCUUCGGCAUGCAAUCACUUUUGUCUGGAGACAGUUUACCGGAUGUCGUCGAGCGUGUGAAGAGGACUGUUCCAACCAGUAUGAUGAACAGUAUUAAACUAUGGCCCGCGGUCACAGCAAUCAGUUUCGCAUGGAUUCCACAAGAACAUAGAAGCAUAUUCGCUGGGGUAAUUGCGAUUGGAUGGCAAACUUAUUUAAGUUUUUUGAACAGACGAGUAGAGGGUGAGAUGGCCGGAGGUAUCGAAAAUACACAGAAAGAAGUUGUCAAGGCUCCUACGUCGAAAUUAUCAAAGGAUAUCGCAAUUAGAAAGGAGUCCACCAAAGAGGCCCAGGAGCAGAAGGCCGAGGCUUGA